AGUUCUAAGAAAAGAUGAACCACAACCAGCUGAAACGGUUGUACUUUUUAUACAUGUAAUACAUUGGUUUAUGUUUGUAACAUCUGACGAAUCGGUCCACAAAAUCAGUGAAGAAAAGUAAACAGAGAAAUAAUACAUAUUACGUGCAUGCGUAUAGCAACGGUUACGUGGCAUGCAUGAGCAAUGAGUGUUACCCGGAAGUGCUACAUUUGGCAAAAACAUUUCGAGCUAGGUAGCUAUAAAGAAUAAUAGAUAAGUGCAGCUAGUUUUGAUACAAUUUUUUUUAUAACAAAUAGCUACAUUGGAGAGUAAGAUAUGGGCAAUACACUUUCUAGGAAUGACGACGUGUCCGCUGCAGCCUAGGCAACAAGACUAGUUGUGAGGGAAGAUUGUUAGGCUAGCUAUCUCAUUUACUUACGUUACAGCAAGUUAGCUACUAGACGAUGUUUAGAUUUCUGCAAAAGUAAGAAUCUGAUUAACUAGAUUGACAUGAUUGCAUAAACAACCGUGUUCAAGGUCAAUAUCGUGGUGCCUAGCUAAAUCGUCGAGUUAUUUGGCUAGAUAGCGAACUGACAACAUGGCUGUUAGACCUCUGUGUAGCUAGUUUUAGCUAGCUAUCGUUGCUGCGAAGUCGAUUCGUGUGAUCAUUGUUUGUUUGACAUUUUAGUCAUUUAGCAGACGCUCUUAUCCACAGCGACUUACAAUUAGUGCAUUCAUCUUAAGAUAGCUGGGUGAGACAACGACACAUCACUAUCGUAUCAUGUACAUUUUCCCUCAACAAAGUAUUUAUCAGCAAAGUCAGUGCUAGCGGGAAAAGAGUGCCUUUUAUUUAUUAUUUUCUUACACUUGGCGUUAUCUGUCUAGCAAUCAAGCUUGCCAGCCUAUCUAGCUAGUCAGUGUCUGGAUUCAGACUUGUCUGAGUUUACCGCGCUAGCUACCACUUGCCAGUAGUCAGGCUAAUUGUUGCUAUCAAACUAACAAAGCACAGCUGCAACUAUGUCUAUGGACGACUUCACUUCGAUCAGCAUGCUGUCCCUGGCAAUGCUGGUGGGGUGUUAUGUGGCCGGAACCAUUCCUCUGGCUGUCAACUUCUCAGAGGAGAAGCUGAAGCUGGUGACGGUCCUAGGAGCAGGGCUGCUGUGUGGUACUGCCCUGGCUGUCAUCAUCCCUGAGGGGGUCCAUGCCCUGUAUGAGGAGGUCCUGGAGGGUGUGCACCAUGCCCCUGUCCAGGCGGAGGGGGUGGGGGUGUCUGAGCCCAAGGAGGGUGUGGAUGCAGCUCUGGGGGUCGGUGGGGAGCACAGCCACAGCCACCAACACCUCCAUGCCUACAUCGGGGUUUCCCUGGUCCUGGGGUUCGUCUUCAUGCUGCUGGUCGACCAGAUAGGAAGCGCCCACGUACACAGCAGCACUGACGAUCCGGAGUCUGCGAGGAUUGCCAGCUCAAAGAUCACCACAACCUUGGGACUGGUGGUCCACGCAGCAGCGGACGGUGUGGCUCUCGGAGCAGCUGCCUCCACCUCCCAGACCAGUGUUCAGCUCAUUGUCUUCGUGGCCAUCAUGCUUCACAAGGCCCCAGCAGCCUUUGGCCUGGUCUCUUUCCUGAUGCAUGCUGGUCUGGAGAGGAACCGGAUCCGUAAACACCUGCUGGUCUUCGCCCUGGCAGCACCUGUCCUCGCCAUGGUUACCUUUGUAGGACUCAGCCAGAGCAGUAAAGAGGCGCUGUCAGACGUGAACGCCACAGGCGUGGCCAUGCUGUUCUCUGCCGGGACCUUCCUGUAUGUCGCCACCGUACACGUUCUGCCUGAGGUGGGCGGGACCGGACACAGCCACUCCCCCGCUCCGGGGAAGGAAGCAGCGAAGGGACUGAGCAAGGUGGAGGUUGGGGCUCUGGUUCUGGGAUGUCUGAUACCACUGGUGCUGUCUGUUGGACACCAGCACUAGAGAGACACACACACACACACACACACACACCGCUAGCAGACACAUAUGAGACCCAGAGGAGGAGAGUGGAGGAGGGACGGAGGGGGUUUAGAGUGAAAGCAGCCUAACAGACACCUCUAUCACACAUCUCAAAUGUCUUAUUUACCUGUUCUGUUGGAUGGACUACUGAUUGGUUGGAGUGGGGUUGUUGUUGUCCUCGUUGCCGGGACAACGACCUGCGGUGGAAUCGGAACCACGCUGGACAACAGGAAGGGAUGAUGACGUCAUAACCAUAGUAACAACGACCUCCCUCUUGUUCAACACUCAAAAGGAAGUGUUGUCUGCUGAUAGUGAUGACAAGACUAUACUGCUACCAUGUUUUCUGUUUCUUUUAAGCAGACAUUUAUUUUUCUAUUUUUUUGGGGGGGGGUUCUCUCUAGGUAUGCUUUACAGAGAGCAGGGGAGUUGAUCAUGGUUGUAUCCUGUUUUCAGUGCUACAGAUGAACUGUCAACUCCUGACCUCCUGUUAAUGUACCUGCUAUUUUGUUGUUGAGGACUGGGCUGUGAGAAACGUAGAGAUAUUUGUGACAUCUUGCAGUAAAAGUACAGUUUUUAAA